GUGCCAUUUUCCUGCUUGUCCCCAACUGUCACCGGGGCGUGUUUGUCACCCAGAGUGUCCCCACAGUGUUCCCAAGGCAUCCCGGAGUGUCCCUGGAGUGUCCCCAGCGACCAUGGAGCCUCUCGAGCUGUCCCCGGCCCUGCUGCAGCCACAGGUCACGGUGGUGGCCAUCGUGGGAGAGCUGCUGGCCACCGCGCCCAGUCGGGAUGAGGAGAUGCUGCUGUCCAUGUCGGCAAGGUGCCUGUACUGGGACCUGGUGGACUUCACCAGGGAGCUCCGGGAAAACCUGUCCAGCACUGGUGGCAUCUGGUGGCGCAGCCUUCUCUUCUACUCUGGUAACUGUUCUUACACCUCCCUGAGCCGGGCCCUGGCUGUCUACAAGAGCACCCCACGCCCCCCCUGGGACAGUGUGACAUCGGUGGUCGGCAGUUGGAAGUGGUCGGUGUCUGGGCUUCUGGACAGGUGGGCCCAGCUGGCCAGGAAAGCCACCCAACUCCGCAACACCUGCAGGGAGGUGGCCACCAAGGCAGACGACAUGGCAACCAUUAUCCAGGCCCGGCGCCUGCAGGACAAGGCUGCCCAUUAUGGGUCAGCUCAGAAAAACGUGGUGGAGCUGGGUCUGGCCCUGGGCAGGCAGGAGGGGGCCAAGGUGGUGGCCAGGCAUGAAGCCUGGGUGAGGAGAGAGCCCAGGGUAGCUGCCAGCUGGGCAAUAACGGCCACCAUGUUGAGACAGUGGCUGGAGGCGGCCCUGGGGCUGCUGGAGCGCUUGGUGGCCGCGUGUCACGAAGCCACCGCCUUCCCCCGGGAGCUGCAGUGGCGGCUCAGGGACAUUGAGGCCUCUGUGAAGGGGACAAAUGAGGCAUCCCCUGCUGUCCCUGAGGACUUGGUGGCCAAGGUGGCCGAGGCCGAGCGGCUGUGGGAGGCCAGCCACCACCUGGCCAAGGAUCACCUGCUGGGGACACUUCAAGACAUCAUCGACUUCUAUUUUGAUGGUGAUCCCACCAGCCCCACUGGGGUGGCCGAGCGGUGCCAAAGAGCCAUUGAGGACAUCCCAAGGCUCCUUCGACCCCUGGAGCGUCCCCAAGGUGUCCCCAAGGUGUCCCCAGUGAGCAUGGAACUCCAAGAGCUGUCCCCGGCCCUGCUGCAGCCACAGGUCACUGUGGUGGCCACCGUGGGCAUGCUGCUGGCCACCCUGCCCAGGCGGGACGAGAUGAAGGUCAUGUCCGCAUUGCACCUGUACUGGGACCUGGUGGACCUCACCAAGGAGCUCUGGGUCACCCUGUACCGCAUUGAUGACACAUGGUGGCACCACUAUGUCACCUCCCAUGAUGAUGAUCCUGUCACCUCAUUGGUGAUCCUGUCACCAGGCCCUGGCUGCCAAUGAGAGCAACCCAUGGACCCCCCGAAACCAUGUGACAAUGGCAGCCAGCAAGUGGCAGUGGUCAGUGAUUGUUCUUCUGGAGGGCUGGGCCCGACUGGCCAGGAAAGCCACGAAGCUCCACAACACCCGCAGGAGGGUGGCCACUGAGGCAGAAAGCAUGGUGGCCACUGCCACUGACUGGGCAUGGCUCCCGCAGACCGUCGCUCCCGCAGACCGUCGCUCACGAGAGGAGAGAUGCCAGGGUGGCUGCCAGCCGGGCAACCACGGCCACCAUGGAGAGACAGCGGCUGGAGGUGGCCCUGGGGCUGCUGGAGCGCUUGGUGGCUGCAUGUCACGAAGCCACCACAUUCCCCCGGGAGCUGCAGCGCAGGGUUGGGGAUGUCGUGGCCACCCUGAAGGGGACAAAUGAGGCAUCCCCCAAUGUCCCUGAGGACUUGGUGGCCAAGGUGGCUGUGGCCGAGCGGCUGUAGGAUGCCAACGCCCGCCUGGCCAAGGAUCACCUGCUGGGGACACUUCAAGACACCAUCAAGUUCUUGUUCACUGGUGGUCCCACCAGCCCCAGGGGUGUGGUCGAGCGGUGUCAAAGAGCCAUCGAGGACAUCCCAAGGCACCUUCAACACUUGGAGCGUCCCCAAAGUGUCCCCAAGGUGUUCCCAGUGAGCAUGGAGCUCCAAGAGUUGC